CUUCAAGAAAUGUCUAGUGUUGAGGAAAACCUCUUUUUUUAAAUCUUCAGUAGGUGCUUGGUAAUGGCAAAGCUUUUGAGUUCUUCUCAGAAUUAAGAUUACAGAAAAUCAAAGACAACUACACUGAAACCCAAUGAUCAAUUUGUUUUAUGAAUAAUUCUCACCAUUUCGAGAAGAAUGAUCGUUGAAACACUUAUAUAAAUCUUCAUAGCCAAGGAAGAAAAAUCCAUCCUAAGAAUUAUAAUGCAGAGAUUACUUCCAUUGAUCAGCAAAACCCUUCUGAGCAAAACCCUAGUUCAAAGGACCUGUUCAAUAACAAAUCCUUCCAGCAGAAUCUUCCUUCAAGUCCUAGCACCUAGAAAUUUCUGCAGCGGCAAUGGCUCAGGAAAUGACCCAGGUUCGAAGCUCACAGAUCCAUGGGACCACCCCUGGCAAAGCAGACAACAAAACCCAGAUUUCGAUCCCUCCUUUGAGCGCACAGAUUCAUCAUGGAAUCCAAGGAUAACAGAAGAAGAAUCCGAAGAAGCAGUAGAAGCCGUCGGUCGUCCCGUUGAAAACAUCGAUCAGGGCUUGAUUUCCUUGGAGCCCAACAAAGAAAAGGGAGGAAAAGAAAAAGGCUCUUUUGAAGAUAGCGAAGUAUGGGCAAAGAUUGAGCAACAAUACGCAGAAAACGAGAAGUCUAUGGGCAGUAUAGAAGAUAGGGUUGAAGAGAUGGACAUUUUGUUGAGGCAGGUGAGGGAGCCCGGGCUGAGGGGAACUUAUUUGAUGGACUCAGAGAAGCAGGAGAUGUACAGGCUGCACAAAGAGAAUCCUAAGGUUUAUACUGUGGAGAGGCUGGCUAAGGAUUUUAAGGUUUUGAGGCAGAGGGUUGAAGCGAUUCUUUGGUUGAAGGAGGACCAGGAGGAGAUUGAGAAGAAGACGGGGCCCUUAGAUGAUUCUGUGGAGCAGCUGCUUGAUAUGAUAGCGGUUCCAGAAUUUGCAAAUUUUGCAGAUCGUGAAUUUCAUGUGGCACAGCUUCCUAACAAUCCUGAUUUCAAAGUAAUGCCUGAGAAUUGGGAUCGAACUGCAAAAGAUCCAGAUGAAAUGUUGUGGGAAAUAUCUCAGAAGGAAGAUGAAAUGCUUUAUCAGGAAUUUGUGCAACGCAUGAAUUACAACAAGGCAAAGAUUGCUGGUAAGAUCAAAUGCCAUCCAUACAGUCGAAGACGACCUAAUGAAGGAUGGAAAUUCACAGUUGAGGAACUAGGUCGAAAAGGUAAACGUGGAAGAGGUGGUGGGGUGAAGUUCGUUAGUUUACCAGAUGGAUCAAGAAGACCUCUCAAUGAAUUGGAAAAGAUAUUUUUGAAAAGGGAGACAAAUCGGACUAGACGCAAAAUCAUCUAAGAUAAUGUGUAUCCAAGCUCUCAUGUGAAUUCAUUCAGCACUAGAAUGAGGCUGCAUAUUGCAUAAAUUAACUUUGUGAACUCAAUUUUUUAUCAUAUUUGGCAAAUGCUCAUUAAACAUUGCUUGUUAACUAGUAAAUCAAUUAAUUUGAAAUUUUGGCAGGUGCUCACCAAUUUGAUGUA